GGUCUGACGUUGCAGAUUUCGUCCUUCAAUUAAUGGCCAGUGCUUGUCUUCGUUAAUAAACCCUGAAUCCAUUGGCCGGCAGGGUGCUUUGGGCAAUGUGAUCAUUGAUUAAGUUUAGAAAUGAGCAUAAUCUUUUGGCAUGUUGUUAUGACAGCAAGCCCUAGUUAAUGUCAAGACGGUACUAAGCAAACUCUUCUAGAUUACAUCCCUGUCCUUUUGUUUGUUUCUCAACCACAUUGUUUCCGCAACUAUUUUAGAACCCAAAUGGCUUACCAUUGAUCCUUCCCUUACAUUUUCAAUAAAGAUCAGUUUUUAUGGGUGUAUUUAUGAUCAUACAAAAAAAGGUGGCCGCCUAGACAUGACAAAGCCUAACAGGAAUGGAAAAGGCAUCGCAGCGGCGGAAGUUCCGGAAACUUGGGAAUCGCCAGCUUCGAGUACCAGUACUGCUGCUAAUUCCAGGCAUGUAGUGAUAGUCAUGGAUGGGAUGAAAGAGUUCAUUACAGAGCCGCUUGAAUGGGCUCUGAAGAAUGUUAUCUCAGCUGGUUGUAUUGUCACACUCCUUGGUGUGAUGCCUUGGCUAAACAUUCCUCUCUCUACAAAAACAUGGCUUGAUGUUUGGCCGAUGGAAUUCGAAGAUCUAAAAGAGAGAAGCGAGUGGAUUAACGAUGCCAAAUACCUGAAGCUCCAAGCAGUGAUCGAUCUCUGCAGAAAAUAUGGGGUAGUUCCACAAAAGGAGGUGGUGAUGGGGUAUCCCCUGCGAUUGCUUAUCGCGGAGAAAAUCUCGAGCCUUUCUGCAACAUGGGUGGUCUUUGAUAGGCAUCAGAGAAAGCAUAGAGAAUUCUUUGCAGAGAAGAUCCCAUUUAACAUGGUGAUGAUGAAUGAAAAUGGAGAGGCAGACAUAAUCAGAGGUCGACCUAAAUUAAUUGACGAUGGAGAGUUCACGCCAGGGGAAUCACCGGAAUCUUUCGUGCCAACUCCGGAGCUGAUGAUCUUUGAUGAUUUGAAGGAAAUACUCAAGGAGAAUAAGUCAUUUAUGAUGUCUGUGGGUGAGCAGGGUACUAAGAAUCAGUCUGAAAAUGCAGGAGUGGCAUAGGUGGGGCACACAUCUAGAACUGCGGGGAGUGGAUGUUGGUUAAGUGUGUUUAGUUUGCAAAUUUAAGUUUAUGUAUUAUGCUUAAUUGCUUAUGCUUGUUUUUUUUUCUUCAUACAAGGGCACAUAGAUAGCUGCUGUUGAAUAAUUUACUGUGUGUAAUAAAUAAAGGCCACGUGUCCAAGAGGGUCGGGGAGUGACAGUUUAUCAUU